AUGAGUUUGUCUCUGAAGCACAUCCCCUGUCCCAAGGGCAACGACUGUACAGCGUUUCAUUGCAUAUUUGGCCAUCCUAACGAGACACCAUCUGCACCGGAAGCGUCAUCACCAAAAACUCCAUCAAAUAGUACAGACAUCAGGGACAAGUUGGCAGAGGAUCAGGAUGUACCACGCAAGCGCGUCAGGGCAGACCCCUUUCAUCCAACGGAUUCCCCUGCAACACCUCAAGAUGCUGGACAAAGUACGUUGACAGCUUUUAAAGCUGGCUCAACGGAUGGAAUCCCCAAGCCAGUCGCAAAAAAGCUGGAAACUGCUCGACCAGUAUCUCCUCCGCCACUAAAGCGAAAGACCGACUCUCAAGACAAUGCCCCUAAACCCCCUACAAAAGUCGCCAGAACGAACCAGCCUAGCAAUGAAUCACGGCCACUUCCUACACGGAAACCUGCUCCAGCAAAGCCUAAGAAGGCUGAAUCACUGAACCCCAGACUACUCAAAAGCAUGCCUGCUAGCCAUGACAUCCGUCUUAAACUUGUCAAAAUGCUUCACCAAGAAUUGACACGACUAAAUAAAGAACUGAAGAAGAACGCCAAGAAGGACGACACAGACCUCCUUCUAUCAGAGCAAGAACUCAUUGUCCGCACAUUAGAUGAGGAAGAGUAUGUUGCUGUUCACAAAGCUGCGGUCUACUCAAACGUCAUGAAGAACAAGGUCAUGCAGUACAAGAGGAUGAAAGUCGACCAGUGGAAGACAGAGCGUCAAGAAGAACGGAAGAAAUUGGAACUCGAAGCUAGUGGAAAGGAUCCUUCUGAACAACCGAAAGAAAUCAAGACUGGCUUAUUGCCUACUCAAGAAGUUGAGCUUGCCAGGCGACUUCUUACUCCUAUCAGUGAGCUAGCCAGCCAUGGCUACGUAUCCAAGGUGCCUUCGGAUGAGGAGAUAGAAAAGGCAAGACAGGGCGUCGAGGCCUCUGCAGGAUGGGAGAAGUGCGAUCGAUGUCAACAACGCUUUCAAGUCUUUCCCGGAAGACGUGAAGAAGACGGUGCGCUCACUUCUGGUGGGUCAUGCACCUUUCACUGGGGUAAGACUUUCAUCGCUCCCAAGGCCCCGGGCGACAGAACCAGGCAGCCCAAGCGGUUCCAGUGCUGUGGACAGGAACUCGGCGACUCGGUCGGUUGCUUCACGCGCGAUCAUCACGUAUUCAAGACUUCAGAUCCUAAGAGAAUGGCCUCUAUACUUAACUUCGCAGAAACUCCUGAGAAUCCUUUGGCACCUGUAAACAGGGGUGUAGCUUUCGACUGUGAGAUGGGCUACACAGUUUACGGUAUGGAACUCAUUCGCCUAACCGCAACCCACUGGCCGAGAGGCGAGGAAUUACUGGAUGUUCUGGUCCGGCCUCUGGGAGAGAUUCUGGAUCUCAAUUCACGCUACUCUGGUGUAUGGCCAGAAGACCUAGCCCAAGCUGAGCCAUGGACCGCAAACGACUCGACAGUGCCGACUAAGAGCGGCAGCGACGAUGUGAGUGAGGAUGGCGAGCUGAAGUCUAGGAAGAAGCAGCUCAAGAUCGUAUCAUCCCCUGAAGUUGCUCGAGAUCUCCUCUUCUCUCUUAUCUCUCCCACCACACCUCUGAUAGGUCACGGUUUGGAGAACGAUCUCAACUCGGUUCGUAUUGUGCAUCCCACAUUGAUAGAUACCGUUCUGCUCUACCCUCACCAACAUGGUCUGCCAUAUCGGUACAGUCUCAAGAUGCUCAUGGAUGUUCAUCUCAACCGUAAGAUCCAGCAGGAAACCGGCCCUAAGAUGUUGGGUCACGAUUCUGCUGAAGAUGCAAGAGCAGCGGGAGAUCUUGUGCGUCUCAAAGUUAAGAACGAAUGGGCGGACUUGCAAAGAAGUGGUUGGAAAUUGGUUGAUGGCGAUAUUGUACCUCCAGGGAAGGCUGCUGGGUUGACAGAGGCGUUCAUCGAGGCGUAA